AUGCUUAGUGGAGUAGGACCUAAAAAUGAAUUGGAAGAAUUGGGAAUAAAAGUGGUUAAGGACUUGCCUGUUGGUGUUGAAUUAGUAGAUCAUCCAGUCUACGUUGGAUUGUAUAUCAGGACAAAUCUCACUGCUGAUCCUGGUACUGUCAAGUCUAAUUUGGAGGGAUGGACAAAAGGUUUAGGAUAUUACACCACUGUUUUUUCAGCUGAUAAUAUUGCUUUCAUUAAUACCAAAAACCCAGGAGUUGAACCACCCAAUGCUGAAAUCCUAACUAUUAACAAUCCAACUAGUGUACCGCCAGCUACUUUCUACAACCUGAAUGACGACUACGCCACUGUAUUCUCAACAUUUAAUACGCUGACUGAUUUCUUAGUGUACUGCAUAAACUUGCAACCAAAAUCCAGGGGUUGGUUAAAACUAAAAUCAAAUAAUCCUGCUGAUUUCCCACUUAUAAAUCCAGCUUAUCUAUCAGACCCUAACGAUGAAGACAUUCAAGUUCUCUACGAGAGUAUCCAGUUCGUCCUAAACCUCACCAAAAGUGAACCUCUUCAAGCUAUAAACGCAACUGUAGUUGCUCAAGCUCCCGAUUGCGAGUAUUUAAGAGAAGAAUCAGAAAAAGAAUAUUGGUACUGUGCUAUCCGCUCUCUCACUUCAACUCUGUACCAUCCUUCAACUACAACUAAAAUGGGCACUAGUGAAUCUAACUCAGUUGUGGAUGUAAAUAUGAAAGUUCAUGGUAUUUCAAACUUGAGAGUAGUUGAUGCAGGAUCGAUGCCCAAGCUAGUUCGAGGUCAUCCAUUGGCGGUUAUUUGGGCCAUGGCUGAAAAAAUCGCUGAUGCUAUUAAAGAAAAAUAUAUUAAUAAAUUGGAAGUUUAGAAUUAAAAUAAAUAAAAUAAAUAAAAUUUA